AGAUUUGGAACAACAAACAAAACACAAACAUAAACAACUUCAUAUAUCAAUCUAUCUUGUUCCUUCCAACCAAACAGUUACAGAUUCAACAGUGAUGUCAACAGGUACACAAGCCUACGGUGAAUCAUGGUACUGGGACAACCGUUACACAAAUGAACCUGGUCCUUUUGAUUGGUACCAAAAGUACAUUACUUUGGCUCCUAUCAUCAAUCUCUAUGUUCCUCUUCAUCAAUCUAUCCUCGUUGUUGGUUCUGGAAAUUCAGCGUUUAGUGAAGGUAUGGUUGAUGAAGGUGGUUACAAGGAUGUUGUUAACAUUGAUAUAAGCUCUGUGGUGAUUGAUGCUAUGCAGAAGAAAUACCAAGAUCGACCUGAAUUGAAGUAUCUGGAAAUGGAUGUAAGAGACAUGAGUGCUUUUGAAUCAGAGUCUUUUGGUUCUGUUAUUGACAAAGGAACUCUUGAUUCUAUCUUGUGUGGAAACAAUUCAAGACAAAAUGCUACAAAGAUGCUUGAAGAAAUUUGGAGGGUUCUCAAGAACAAAGGAGUCUAUAUUCUGGUGACGUAUGGAGCUCCACAAUAUCGCUUACGUUUGCUACGCGAAUCAUGCUCCUGGACAAUUAAACUCCAUGUGAUAGAGAAACUUGCAGCAGAAGAAAAAUCUGAUGAUCCACUUUGGGAGCUGACAAAACCUAUUCCACUUAAUAAUGAUGGAAGCUCUGCGGAGGAAACCCUAGGACCGAAUCCCGACGUCCAUUAUAUAUACAUUUGCACUAAGGAAAUUUCUGCUAAUACAAACGUAUAAGCGUGAAUUGGCGCACUUUAACGAGGAAGGCAUGCAUAUCCAAUCUACAAAUUUGUGUUAACUACUCCUUUACUCUAGUUGAUCCUAGAAUUUGUAAUGUCAAAUCCAAAGUUAAUGAUAUUUUCUUUACAACAAUUUGUAUUAUGACUUUUUUCUCUCUCAAUAUUUGUGUGAUCCAAAGACAGUAGCAUUUCUUCAAUUGUAGAUUAGAUUGAUUCCAUAAGUUUUAUGUUAGCUUGUGAUGUUCCCUUAAACGCAGUUGUAAUGUUCCCUUAUGCUUUAAAUAUUCAAAAUGGCUAUAUUGAUGCAGCUUGUUACCCAAA